AUGACUAGUGAGGUAGCGAAGGUUAUUCCUAAAAGGUUUACAUCGAGGUUUACUGUAUCCAAAACAGGGAAAAGAAGUAACAGCAAUAUUAAAAAUGAGGCUAUAGAUAUAGGACGGCAAAGAAAAGUGAAGUCGAUGCAGGUGGUUUUUUUCACAGAGCUUCCGUCCUUACCAACCCCAUCAAUAGAUCUUCAAGAGAUUUUAAUCAGGUUCAACCAAGCCACGAGAAACUGCGCCGGUGAUAGUUCAUGGGGAUCUCAAUUAUUUGACAUGAAGGUGCCGACCCGGAAGAGUAGAAUCAGGUGCAAAAAGACCAGGUGUCUUAAUGGGUUUAUGGCAUUCAGAUCCUUCUACAGUCGAUCCAUUUAUAACGUAGAGCACCAAAGGGAGCUCUCGACUUUACUUGGAAAGCUAUGGAAAAAUGAGCCUAAUAAGGCAAUUUGGAAUAGAUAUGCAAUAGAAUAUAACUCGCAAGCGAUCAACCAAGAUUUUGUGGAUUGGCUUUUCAAGGCCUUGGGUUUGGAGGUGGAGACAUUUCCAAUCCCAUAUACUAGCACAGUUAGGAAUGAAAGUUGGACAUUUUCCUCUCGAAAUAAUGAAAAUGCCGUUGAGGAUAUCUAUUAUAUUGGUACUGUGUGA